AUGACAAACAGAACAGCUCAGGACCUUUCAGAGAAAAAGAAAAAUGCAAAAAAUGCAGCUUCUGUUGCGGCGCCAACUGCCUUUACGAGAUCCUUUAUAUUACAAGGUCUUGCCUUAUUUUAUAGGACUCCAAUAAAAUUAUUUAGGCCACUUAGAGUUGAUUAUUUACUAAUGGCCCGAGCAAUUAUGCCACCAAUUCAAGAUAAAAAAUUUUCAUUUCAUUCAACAAGUCUCGGCAUGCUAACACAUGCAGUUAAGCAACAUGGUUUUAUAUUUAUCCCACGUCAUAUAAUACCACCAUUGGUAGCAAAUUCAAUGAUAGGCGCAGUAUUAUUUACAACAUAUAUUACAGUUCUAUCGCAUUUCCAUGGAACUUCUUCAUUUCUCGAAUCAAAAUAUAAUCAUAGUUUACAUAAACCACCCCCGUUUUCGGCUGUAUUUAUUUCUGGAGCCAUUGCAGGAGCUGCACAGUCUAUAGUUGCUGCACCAUUAGACUCUUUAAAGGUUAGAUUUGAAGUAAACGAUUUACUGGAGGGAAAACAUAAGAGUAUGUUUGAUUUUGCUAGAAAUACUUGGAAGGAAUUGGGAAUUGCAAGUAUUUAUCGCGGAAUUGGAUUGACAUUGGUUAAGGAUUCAAUUUCUUGUGGAUUGUUUUUUGGAGUUUUUGAAUUUGUUAAACAGCAAUGCUAUAAUUCAUUUGUCAACGAAAUGGAUGAUCUUCACGAAAAUCCAAAAUUUCAUUUUUCAAAAAAAUCUCAUUUUGUUGAACCAGCUUUUGUAUUGGCAGCUGGUGGAAUGGCAGCAAUAUCAUAUCAUUUCGUUGAUUAUCCAUUAGAUAGGAUUAGAAAUAUAUUUCUUAUAGAAGAAGCUCAAUCUGAAUAUCAACAUGAACAAAGGCCACGUUUAUAUAAAGACACAUGGCAACAAUGUAAGUUGAGAAUUAAGAGAAAAGGAGUGAUCAGAUUUUUGUAUGGUGAUUUUGGUGCUACAAUUUUGAGAGCUGUUCCCGCUACUAGCAUUGGUUUCUUGGUUUUUGAAUUAAUGAAAGAUAAAAUUAAUCAGGAAUUUUUUUGCUUUAAUAUUCAACAAAAUGUUCAUCGUUCAACAUUUCCUUCAAUAAGAAAUUAUGCGUUAGACACUCGACAUUAUAAUAAUAAACUUGAAUCUUAUAAAAGUUCGUUAUUACAAAGAACAUAUCGAAAGCGCGUAACGCCUUCAAUUUGGAAACCUGUUUUAUUUGCAAUAAUCGCUUCAGGUUCGACAUUUACUAUAGCAACCCAUAUUUCUGCUGAAAAAAUACAAGCUCGACGUAGAAAUAUGUAUCAUUUUUAUAAUAACAAUGAUCCAAAUGCUGGAGAUAUGGUGACUUACAGAGAACCAUGGAUCAAAGGAAUAUUUCAUCGAUCAAUUCAAAAAAUUGAAAAUUCUCAAUUAUUUAGAGACUUGCACAGAAAUUGGGCAUUUAUGAUCAAACGAUGGAAUUCGUUGAGUGAUAGUACAAAGACUGUAGCAUUUUUAAUUGGAAUAAACACAAUCAUCUUUGGAAUGUGGCAAAUUCCACCCUUACGAAUAAUUAUGAACAGAUAUUUUGUUCAUAAUCCGCUUUCUGGACGGUCAUUUACAUUGUUAACUUCAGUAUUUAGUCAUGAAGCUUUUUGGCAUUAUGGUUUUAAUAUGUUGGCACUUUAUUCUUUUGGAGAUUUGAUUUAUCGCAUUUUUGGUAAAGAACAAUUUCUUGCGUUCUACCUCUCUUCUGGAAUGAUCGCAUCUUGUAUGAGUCAUGUCUUUUCCUUAAGUUUCAAAGGUUAUCAAAACAUAAUGCCAUCUUUAGGAGCUUCUGGUGCCAUUUUUGCGUGCCUCUCUGCCUGUGCAAUUCAAUAUCCUGAUGCUUCUGUAUACUUGAUAUUUUUACCAUUUUUCCCUAUUAAGAUCAGUUAUGCGCUUCCCACUAUUAUGGCAUUUGAUUUAUGGGGAAUCUUUUCUGGGAUGACAAUGUUCGAUCAUGUUGUGAGUAUUUAA